AUGUGCGGGUGGGAGCCCUGCGUCUUCAUGCACAACAUGUCUUGGCUGAGCGUAAACGGCACAAACUCGAGCUUGGAGCGCGCACUGGCUGAGGAUGAGCCGCGCAACGAGGUCUUGGCCCGGGUGGAGAUCGCGCUGCUGGCUGUCAUCUUUGUAACUGCGGGUGUCCUGAACGCAGGGCUCUUGUUGGUCCUGUGGCGGCGGAGAAAGCAGCUGUCCCGGAUGCGUGCGUUCGUGUUCCACUUGUGCGUCGCGGACCUGGUGGUGACUUUCUUCCAGGUGUGCCCGCAGCUCAUGUGGGACAUCACGGAUCGCUUUGUGGGGCCAGACGCGCUGUGUCGCUUCGUGAAGUACAUGCAGGUCGUGGGCAUGUUCGCGUCCACUUACAUGAUCGUGGUGAUGACCGUAGAUCGCUACCAAGCCAUCUGUAAACCUAUGGUGACUUUCCAGCGGCGCACGGCGGGGUGGAACGGGCCAGUGUGCGCGGCGUGGUGCGUGUCCUUCCUGGGCAGCCUCCCCCAGAUCUUCAUCUUCUCCCGCUCGGAAGUGGCCCCAGGUGUAUAUGACUGUUGGGGUCAGUUUGUGCAGCCAUGGGGACUCAAAGCUUAUGUGACAUGGACGACUCUGGUCAUUUUUGUGCUGCCCAUCUCUACAGUGAUCUGCUGCCAGGUGCGCAUCUGCCGCACAGUGCACAUCAACUUCCACAUGAAGAUGACGCAUGUGACCUCCAGGGCCAGCAGCGUGGCCGGGAUGUCCAAGGCCAGGGUGAAGACCGUGAAGAUGACCGUGGUGAUAGUGCUGGCGUACGUGCUGUGCUGGACCCCCUUCUUCACCGUGCAGCUGUGGUCAGUGUGGGACUCACAGGCCCCGACUCAGACUGCCACCUUCACCAUCCUCAUGCUGUUGGCCAGUUUAAACAGCUGUGCCAACCCCUGCAUCUACCUGCUGUUCAGUGGGACCCUCCCCAAGGGUCUUCUGACACCGGUGUGUCUGUCCCAGGCUAACGACAACAAAGAGCCCAACCAGGAGGAGGCCACCAUGGUGAGCUCCAUGUACAUCAGCCUCAAGAACCUGUCCGACUGCAGGUGA